AUGCAGCUUCCCUUGCGGCAACCGCGAACCAAGGGCCAUGCUGGUAUUCUACAUCCCUAUUGUGAAGGAUUGGUCGCUUUCGAGUAUACCAACGGCAUCAUUAGGAAACCGAACACCCUCGUGUUCAUCGGCGGCUUGGGAGACGGACUCGGCACUGUCGAAUACCUGACCGACCUUAUUACGGCACUGGAAUAUACAUCCUGGUCCAUAUUCUCGCCCAUUCUCUCUUCUUCCUAUAGCGGAUGGGGAGUGGGCCAUUUGGGCAAAGAUAUCGAUGAGAUUGCGCGCUGCGUGCAGUAUGUUCGGGAUUACAAGCAGGGGCUAUUCGGCGCAGGGAAGAUUGUGAUCAUGGGUCAUUCGACGGGCAGUCAGGACGUUAUGCAUUACUUGAGUUGUGCGAAUCCGCGACCGCGACAUCCUGUUCUGGACAAGGAUGCGGCAGUAGAACCUCUCAAGCGGCCUCCGGUGGACGGAGCCAUCAUGCAAGCGCCUGUCUCCGACCGAGAAGCCAUUAAUUGGGUCAUCCGAGACGGAACGGACAGGGACGGCCCGGAAAGAAUGCGCGAGAUAUACCAGAAAACUAUUGCGCGUGCCAGAUCUACCCCGUAUGAAGAUGACAACACCCUCGACACCAUCCUCCCUCUGUCGGUAACAACUCGCAUCGGGUAUCCGAGCUCAACGCCGGUGAGCAGUCGACGGUUCCUGAGUCUGGCUAGUCCAGACAGUCCAGAAAAACCAGAAGAGGACGAUAUGUUCAGCUCCGACCUCAGCGAUGACAAGAUGCACAAGACCUUUGGCCAGCUGCGGUCGCGGGGUCUGCUGGGUUCAAAACUGUUGAUCUUGUACUCCGGAAGAGAUCAGUCAGUGCCGCCCUGGGUUGACAAGGAGCUUUUAUUGAAGCGAUGGUCCAUGGCAGCCGGCGACUGCUGGGACAGCAACAGUAUGAUUAUCCCGAACGCCUCGCAUGCGCUGAGCGAUGAGGACCAGGCCGAGCCGAGGAGGAUACUGGUGGAGCGCGUCAUGUCUUACUUGGAAGAUGUAGCGAAAUACCCGACAAUUACGAGAUGA